AUGUCCAAGGAGGUAUCCAAGGCUCCCAUGGAGGAUGAAGGGGUGGAAAUGAAGGAUGGUGGCAAGGCGUUGAAGGCUGCACAGAAGAAGCUGAUCGGCGGCCACAUCGAGCUCGGUCACGUGCUCGGUGUUGGCGGUUUUGGCAAGGUCUACAACGCGUACGAUGUAAAAAAGAAGGUACAUGUAGCGGUAAAGAUGAUUGACAAGGCGCUGGUGCGCAGCAGCGGCAUUCAGUCUUACGUGGAGCGCGAGAUUGAAAUGAUGCGGAAGAUGAAGAACCAACACGUGGUACGCCUUCUGGAGGCUAUCGAGACAUCCAAGGCGUACAACCUUGUCAUGGAAUUGGCCCCGAAUGGGGAACUUUUCGACAAAAUUGUGGACUCGCAACGCUUCGACGAAGAAACGGCGCGCAACUACUUCCAGCAGCUCAUCUGCGCAGUGCACUACUGCCACCAGAUGAACAUUGUCCACCGUGACCUGAAGGCGGAGAACUUGUUGCUCGGUGAGAACAACGUGCUGAAGGUGUGUGACUUUGGACUCUCUCGUUACACAAAGGACGGUCGUUUUAACGACCACGAGGUGCUCUUCACCUCUCUGGCAGGCAGCAUUGAUUACCAGGCACCCGAGGUUCUCAAAGAGCGGGGGUACGAGGGAGCCUCGUGUGACAUGUGGAGCUGUGGCUGUGUCUUGUUCUUCAUGCUCUGCGGCUACCUCCCCUUCACCGACCGCUCAGACGGGCUGACACGCAAGCGCAUUUUGAGUUGCCAAUACAACAAGACGAGCCGCUACCUCCCGGAACAGGCCGCCGAUCUCAUCGCUCAUCUGCUAGUUUCCCUCCCCUCUGCACGCUACACGACCUCGGAUGUGAUUCAGCACCCGUGGUUCCGUGUCAACCUCGAUCCCAGCAUGUUCCCUAACGAAAAAGCGGAACCAACACCGAUGAGCCCGCUUAGCAACGGCGACUUCAUUCAGCGCUCCCUCACCCCUAAGGUGGGUACCGGCAGCUUUGGUGCGGCUCCGUCACCCACCACCAGCAUGGCGGAGGAGAUGCAUCGGGCAUUCCAGAGCUGCAACGUCACCGGCGACGGAUUCCUCAACAAGGAGGAGGUGCGCGACGCCCUCAUAAAGCUCAACGGCUGUAAUCAGGUGACCGAGCAGGAGGUGAAGGACUUCAUGAGCAACUUCCAGGUGGAUCGGGAGGGUCGCAUUACGGAGGAAGAAUUCGUGAUGGGAUGGACAAGGCACCAGAACGACCUCGGCUCAAAGUAUGACCUCUCCAAGAUGGCACACCUGUUCCACUACGACUUAGAAAAGGAGUUCCUGCAAGUAGUACGCGAGGCCUUUGAUAUGAUCGACGCUGAGCACUCGGGCAUCAUCACCAAGGAGAAGCUUAAGAGCCUCGGCUUGGGCCUGACCGACAAGGAUGCUGAGUCGGUAUUCUCCUCGAUGGACACGGAACACAAAGGUCUGUCCUCCCUCACCUUUGAAGGCUUUGUGGGGCUGUGCUUGAAGUACGACUUCUUCAAGAACCACCCACUCGCCAUUCGCUUGCGCCGCCUAAACGCCUUCUUCGAGGCCACAGAGCACGCUGCCUUCCGCGCCUCGCUGAACACCGGGUACACGGUUGCCGGCCAGCGCGAGGUGAUCAAGGCGCUCCUUCUCAGCAAGCAGGAGACUCUUUCGACCGCCUUCGAGGAGAGUGAUGUGAACGGCUUUCUCUACGGGACCUACACCCAAGACUCCAAGAAGGUACUGGAGAUUGGCGUGCGUCUUCUCCCCGCGGCAGCCGGCUAUACCAAGGUAAUUGUGUAUCGUAUUGGCGGCAAGACAACUGAGUUUCAUAAGUGGUUCCUCGACCUUCGACGACUGAUGAAGGAUGAACUGCUACGCUGCGAGGAGGACACGGCGGUGAAGGGCGAUCCGGAGUUGAUGUAG